AGCUGCCUGUCGUUCAUGCGACAUAUUUAUUUGAGUCGAGGAUAUCCUUGUUACUUCGUAUUUCCCAGAGACCUGAAUAUGCCAACAAGCUAAUUGAUUUUGCUAUUAUGGAGACUAUGAAGGAAUUAACAUUUUUGGAUGAACGACUACCACAUAAUGUUUCUCAAGACGAAGAUAAUGGCGACAGAACGUCAUACGAGAAAUAUAAUUCACUAUUACUGAUGGUCAUACGGCUUAUUGUGAGUAUUCUAACAGCCAUCGGACAUGAAAGCGGCAGUGUAUUAGGAAAGGCGACAGGUUUUGUUGCUAGUCAUCAAGGUAUGAUGGCGGAUAUCUUUACCGAUUUCAUACCACUUAGUGCGUUGACAUCAAAUAACAAGACAGCGCGAACACGCUGCAUCAAGCAUCUUGAAGUAUUAUGUGAAGUGACUGCACUAUUUUAUUAUCUCGGUAGCAAAAUCGAUUCAGUUGAUAAAGCG